CCAAUGCGGGCGGGGCCCGGCGCCGGGAGGAGGCGCGGGAGCGUCGGAUGGGGCUCUCCGGGUACCGGCCCUGAUCAGGUACUGCAAUGGCUGCUGGAGUCUUACUGCAAAAUGAGGCACCUUAUUGUUCUCUGAUAACCAGCAGCACAACCAUGAAUACAGGAAGAUCUAGACGUCCAACUGCAAAAUAUACAAAAGUUGGAGAACGCCUUCGUCAUGUUAUUCCUGGCCAUAUGCAGUGUUCCAUGGCAUGUGGUGGCCGUGCUUGCAAAUAUGAAAAUCCAGCUCGAUGGAGUGAACAAGAACAGGCAGUUAAAGGACUAUAUUCCUCCUGGAUAACAGAUAAUAUACUAGCUAUGUCUCGACCCUCCACAGAUCUUAUUGGGAAAUAUAAUAUUAUUGAACAGUUCCAAAGAUGUGACAUAAAAACUGUAAUUAACCUUCAGCGUCCUGGGGAACAUGCUAGCUGUGGGAAUCCACUGGAACAAGAGAGUGGUUUCACCUACCUUCCUGAAGCCUUCAUGGAGGCGGGAAUUUAUUUUUAUAACUUUGGAUGGAAGGAUUAUGGUGUGGCUUCUCUCACUACCAUCCUCGAUAUGGUCAAAGUGAUGACCUUUGCCUUACAGGAAGGGCGAGUAGCUAUCCAUUGUCAUGCAGGACUUGGCAGAACAGGUGUCUUAAUAGCUUGUUACUUGGUUUUUGCAACAAGAAUGACUGCAGACCAAGCAAUCCUUUUUGUCAGAGCAAAAAGGCCUAAUUCUAUUCAGACUAGAGGACAGUUGCUAUGUGUAAGGGAGUUUUCACAGUUCCUAAUUCCACUAAGAAAUGUUUUUGCAACCUGUGAGCCCAAAGCACACGCAGUGACUCUUUCCCAAUACUUGAUCAGGCAGCGGCAUUUGCUUCAUGGAUAUGAAAGCAGACAUCUCAAGCAUGUGCCAAAACUUAUUCAUCUUGUUUGCAAAUUGCUCUUGGAUUUGGUUGAAAACCGGCAGGUGAUAGAGGAAGAAGUAAUAGAUAUGCCAGACCUGUCAGCUGAAAUUGAGGAGACAGUUUCCCAGUUAGCUUCUACAGAACUUGACAAGGAGUUAACAAGGCAAGACAGUAGUACUUCAGAGCCAUUCUCUCUCUCAGGAUCAAAUCCUCUUCAUCCCAGGGAACAUGAAUUUGAUCCUCUUUGCAAAACGAGGAACACUGAUUACUUUCUGCCUCUUAGCCAUUCAAAAAGGCGCCUUUGCUAUAGUGACUCAGAUUUAAGAAAAGCUGCAUUUAUUGCCGAGCAGGGAGAAACGCUAUGGUCAGUGCCCGCACAAGUGCCACUCUGCAACAAAUCCAACCCGCCAAACAAGGUGGACAAUUGUCAGCCUCUUCACAUUGAGCUAAACCAAGAAGUCUUAAUUCGUAAUACAUUUACUUUCUCAACUCAGGGAAAAUUUAAUCUAGAAAGAAAAGAAGAUGAUUCUUCUGUUUGCCAUAGACCUAGACAUCCAAAAAGAGUACUGCGUAGUAAAACAUUUUCUUCAGGCCUUGCAUAUGAUUGGAAAGAAAAAAAGGAGGAGGAGGAGGAAGAAGAAGAGGAGGAGGAGCUAAAAGCACUGAACUAUAAUCCUAUGAAAAAAAAUAUUUAUGGUAAAAGAGUAUCAUCUGAAGAUUCAGGCUCUUCUAAAGCAGUAAAUGAGAUUUGUGAUACCAGAGAUCUCUCGGAAACAAUCCCCCAUAUUGUUGUGCAAUCAGAACUAAAUCUAGAAGCACGAAGAAUUUUGGCAGCCAAAGCCCUGGCGGGUCUGAAUGAAUUUAUGGGAGCCGAAGAAGUGAAGUAUAAAGUAGAAAUGUGGCAGAAAGAACUGAAUACUCAAAAUGGAGCCUGGGAUAAAAUGUGUACUGAGAGGGAUCCCUUUAUUCUCAGUAAUUUGAUGUGGUCCUGGAUAGAGCAACUUAAAGAACCUCUUCUAACCAAAAAUGAUGUUGAUGUGUUAGCAAAAAAUAAUAUAGACUUUCAAGAAGCAUUCAAACUGCUAGAAAAGGGAAAAUAUCUCACCAUACUGUGUAUCUUAAACUGCAUGGUGAAUUUGCAAAGAAUACCAACAGAUGUGGAAGAGCUGCUUCUUAAUCGUGCCAUUAAAGCAUUCACCAAGAUGAAUUGUGAUUCUGAAGGUGGAUCAGAUGUUUACAGCAUUUUAAAGAAUGUUUUCAAACAGAUACUGGAACACCAAAGACAAUAUGCCAGUGAAGAAACUGAAAAGCUUUUAUGAAGUUUACAUUUCUAAGCUACAGUUUUUUGUAGUGCUGAAAAAUUACUUUUCUUUUGUAUCCCUUGUUUUGCAUUAACUAAAUUUCUGUUAAAGUUGUUUAUUAAAUAUCUGAAGGUGGUUUUCCUAUAUAUGUAUAUAAAUUGUUAUUUAAUAACUUGCCAUUUUUGUGAUUGUAAUGUGGCGUUUUGGUUUUGAAUAUUGCAUAAAAAUGCAAUACAGUUUUUCAAUGAUAAGUUAUUGGUUGGAUCAAGGAGAAAAAUCCCUUUGUCCCAUAGUGGAUAAUGUGAUCUUUACUGAUUCCUCCUCUCCCAUGUGUCACCAAGAAUCUGUUCAGGAAGGUUAGGGGUGCCUCAGAAGAAUGGAGGUGAUGGUGUUGGAGUUAUUGUUGGAGGGGAAUCCACAAAAAUUGCCUUUCCUUCACCACUUUUUUCUCCAGCAGGAAUGAUCUGAGCAGCACCAUGUCAGGCUCUGUUCCCAUUGGCAGAAUAAAAGCUAGAUUCAGCCUGCUGUUUUUCACAUUGAACUGUUGCUAUAAUUCACUGCCAUAAUGUGCUACGGUUUAUUCAGUUAAAUAUCUGUGUAGUAAAACUCUUAAGCAUCAAUGUUGUUUACAUUAAUAGUAUUACGUUUUACUUUGUGAUUAGUAAACAUUGACUGAUAUAAAUGACUGUUGUACAACUGUAUGGCUUUACCUUGAUAGCCAUAAAAGAAUUGAUUGCAAUGCCAAAAUAAAUUUGUAGCAAGAAAAUAUAAACAUGACUUAAAGUAUGAAGUUGGACAGCUGCCAGCCAGUAAAUGGUUAUGAGAAAGUCAAAACUUUCUAUUUUUUUUAAAUAAAAUACUGCAAAUGUUAAAAGUGAGGCUUG